AAAACCCUAGAUACUCGCCUGGAUCCCCUCCCCGUCGUCGGAAGAAGAAGAAGAAGAAGAAGAAGCACCUCCUCAGCAGGCGGCGAGUCGCAGCGGAAGCCGUCCUCCACAAGCUCGUCGCCAUGGGUCGCAUGCACAGUCGCGGUAAGGGCAUCUCAGCCUCGGCGCUUCCUUACAAGAGGACUUCUCCGAGCUGGCUCAAGAUCUCCUCUCAGGACGUGGAGGAGAACAUCUGCAAGUUCGCGAAGAAAGGCUUGACGCCGUCGCAGAUUGGUGUCAUUCUUCGUGACUCUCACGGGAUUGCCCAGGUGAGGAGCGUCACCGGUAGCAAGAUCUUGCGUAUCCUCAAGGCACACGCCCUUGCGCCCGAGAUUCCUGAGGAUCUCUACCACCUCAUCAAGAAGGCAGUGUCCAUCAGGAAGCAUUUGGAGAGGAACAGGAAGGACAAAGAUUCCAAGUUUAGGCUCAUUCUUGUCGAGAGCAGGAUCCACAGGCUCGCGCGCUACUACAAGAAGACCAAGAAGCUCCCUCCUGUCUGGAAAUACGAGUCUACAACUGCUAGCACUCUUGUGGCUUAGGCUGCAUCGUGGACCAUGAACCAGUUUUGAUGUAGCUUUUGAUUGCUGAUGGUCAUUGAUGCUCUCUGUCACUCACUCGCUCUUGCUCUUGAGAAUUUCAUUUAGUUUGGAUGAAAGUAUACUUGUUAUUGUACUUUGGGUGAGGAUAGAGAGAUGAGUUAUGUUAUCUUUUUGACUGUCAUCUUCAUUUUUAUCGAUUUUGAAGUUGACCUGUAGCGUUGUUUCGGUGGUAUUGGUUUAAUUUGGAUAUAGCUUACUUCCAACUGCUCCACAAGUUUGAGCUCUCCUCUUGGUUCAUUU